GAUGUGUUGAUGGGUUUCAUACCUUUAAAGCUAGGCUUUCUUAUAACUCACCUACAACAGGAGAAAGACAACCAUCAUUUAAAGGAAAAGGAGAAACUAAGAGAGGAUCAAUAAGAGUGUUUCAAGGGAGAGAAUAGAGGUUGAAGAGGAAGCAAUGGCAACGCCGAAACAGUUAAGGGAGCAGCAGCAAUUGCAGAUGCAGCGUGUCAAGAACUCCGGUGCCAUUGUUAGUUACAAUGGGAGUCCGGUUGAUGACAAGGAAGAAGAGAUGUCAAGGUCUGCAUUGGCUAUUUUUCGUGUCAAGGAGGAAGAGAUUGAGAGGAAGAAGAUGGAGGUGAGAGACAAGGUUCAAGCUCAGCUGGGACGAGCUGAAGAAGCAAGUAGGCGCUUAGCUGAGAUUCGUGAAGAGCUAGAAGCACUGACAGAUCCCAUGAGAAAGGAAGUUGCAAAUAUUCGGAAGAGAAUAGAUAUAGUUAACAAAGAUUUAAAGCCGCUGGGACAGAGCUGCCAGAGGAAGGAAAAGGAAUACAAGGAAGCAGUUGAGGCUUUGAAUGAGAAGAACAGAGAGAAAGCUCAACUACUUUCCAGAUUGAUGGAGCUUGUGGGUGAAAGUGAGAAAAUGAGGAUGAAGAAGCUGGAGGAGCUGAACAAACAUGUUGAAACUCUGCGUUAAAUUGGACAGUGUUUUAACAUGUAUUGAAAUGUGUUGUGCGUGUGUGCUGUAAUUAGAAUUGAAGCUUAAUUUUUUCUUGUCUUGUGAUUUUCGUUUGUAUAUUUCACUGGCUAUGUAUUCAUGAAGAAAGAUUUCUUCCACUAUGUCCUAAAUUUGGUAGGGUUAUGUAUCUUUGUGACUUUGUGUGCUAAUGAAAUCAUGACUUGAAAAGAGAA